UGCACGAGUGGUAAUUUCCUGUGCACAGUGAACAAUGCUUUUCUUUCUCCAUCGUCAGCGCGUGUGGUGUGAUCGUUGUGUUCAGUCAAGUGCUCCGCGAAAUAACUAAUAAAUUUAAGUAGUGUCUUCAUUUUCAUCACACCCGCUCACCAAUUCACCAUCGCACAGCACAACCACCUCGUCGAGAGAAGAAAAAAACAAUCAUAAUACACCCCGUGCGCGUAAUUGGGAGACAAAAGUAAAUUCACAUUGCAAUAACCCACAAAAGACAAGCGAGCUUCAGAGAUCUAGGAAAAGUUCAGUGAAGAACACAGGGCAACAGGAGGAAUUUGUACUGGAAUAGCAAGCCGAGCGCACGAUACAGUUUUAAUUUUGUUAAUUUAUCUUUCUAAACAAUUUAUACACAUCCCAUUUGUGAUUGGAUAGAUCGGACCCGACGACUUCAUUUUUGCGGAAACCCAGUAACUAAUAAUUUGUUGUAUGAGUCAGAAAGCCGAAAGACCAGUACUAUCAGGUCAACGCAUUAAGACCAGGAAAAGGGAUGAAAGAGAGAAGAAUGACCCCACGGGAUUCCGUGACGCGGUCAUUGCAGGUCUCGAUUCAGCUGAAGAUCUAGAGCAAAUUUACAAGUACCUUGACAGCGCUGGUAAUAAACUCGACUAUCGUCGCUACGGUGAAGUAUUAUUCGAUAUCUUAAUUGCUGGUGGAUUACUCGUUCCUGGAGGAUCUAUCUCGCAAGAUGGCGAGAAACCACGUACCGAUCGCUGUAUAUUCGCAGCAUCGGAAGACAUGGAAUCGAUGCGGAACCAUGAGCAGAUCUUUAUACGGCUUAUGCGUCGAUACAAGUAUCUCGAGAAAAUGUUUGAAGAGGAAAUGAAGAAAAUUCUGAUCUUCAUCAAGGGUUUUACUCCACUCGAAAGGAUCAAACUCGCCCGCAUGACGGCACUGUGGAUGGCUAAUGGUUCCAUUCCACCACAAGUGCUGAACGUGCUGAACAAUGAACACCUGACGAAGGAUGGGCUAGCGCUGGAGUUUCUGCUAGAGGUGUUCAUCACCUUCAAGCAGGAGAAGGGCGGCAAUGCGCCCUUGGUGGCGGCUCUGCGCAAGGGUGGUCUCGACACCCGCCUAAUGGACUUUCUGCCCAUGAACAAGCGCACCGAGGACUACCUCAAGACGGUACUUGUUGAGAAGGAUCUGGCCGAAAUUUUCAAGCUCCAUAUGGCUCAGGCGAGCCAGGAAGCAAAACGAGAACUGACGCAGCUGCUAAUUGAUGAUAUUAACGAUAAUAAGACAAUUAAGGAUAUUAUCGCCGACGCGAAGGAAAUGUCGACGAAAUCAAACAUUCCCGAGCAUGAAGUAGUUGGUCUCAUUUGGUCCACCAUUAUGUCAUUAGCCGAAUGGAACAAGAAGGAAGAACUGGUCGCGGAGCAAGCACUGAAACAUCUGCGCACUUACACGCCGCUGUUCGAAGCGUUCACUAGCACUGACCGAGCGGAGAUGGUUCUACUGCUGAAGGUGCAGGAGUUUUGCUAUGAAAACAUGAACUUUAUGAAGGCUUUUUCGAAGAUUGUUUUGCUUUUCUACAAAACCGAAGUUAUCACGGAAGAUUCGAUCCUGAAGUGGUACAAGGAGGGCCACUCAAACAAGGGAAAAAUGCACUUUUUGGAACAGAUGAAAAAAUUCAUUGAAUGGUUACAAAACGCCGAAGAAGAAAGUGAAUCUGAGGAAGACUAAAUCAUAUUCAUCUCGUUUCUCUCGUAUUGGAUACUCUUUUCACAACCCAACCAACAAACAGCAACCCAUCACGCCACUUGCGUUCUUCUAUAGCUAAACCUCUGUGACGUGUGUUUGUAAUAUUUCCACUGCUAGCACAACAUAUUCUCAUUUUACCCGUUACUUUUAUUAGACCGAUGAAAUAAUGCUGCUGCUGAACAGAACGAAGAAAGGGUGAAAUCCCCUUUACCGCAUUGUGUGUAGAGACACUAGAGAACGGAUGAUAAAUAUAGAUAUGGUUGAAAGGGAAA